AUGUGGUCUACGUCUGAGACCGUAGCAUACGCCUGGCAUUCCUGCUAUCAGCAUGCCGUCUACAUCGUAGGUUUCGGCAUUUCCCUUUUUGCAAUCAGCGAAGGCGCUGUGCUUCUUCUGAGUGAAGCGGCUGUGGGGCCGGUGCAGAAGGAGUUCAUCAUCCUGCUGCUGCUGGUCCUCAUCUUCUCGGCGGGCUCUGUCGAUGCAGGCGGGACGAAAGAUCCCGCGCGGAUGCAGCAGCACCGGACGCAGGACGUGGUCUCGAAGGAUGAGUGUCAUGCCCACCGACAAGGCCAGAUCGCUCGAGGCAAGGCCGCCCACUGUCAUGGCGAGCGCGAAGUCCCACGUUCAAGAUUCCAGCGCUCGUCGGCAGCCACGAUUCCUACAAACGCAAGGAGCCCCUUGGAGAACAUCGACGAGGUUCCCAAUUCGUUGCCGGAAGUCGACGGGCACGGACAUAUGUUGUCCGACAUCAAGAUUAUAAGCGACGUGCAGAGAGAGGGUUGCACAGUCAAUGCGUCGAACUUCCUGGCGGUGUUUGCUGCCUGCGUGAGGCAGCACGCUUACGCCGUUGAUUCGGGGAUAUCGAUCGCACUGUUCAAGUACAUGCUGGAGAACAGCACCGUGGAUGACCUGCACACGGUCAAGAGCAGCUUGGUUAGCAGAUUCUUCAAGAUCUUGACGGAAAGCCUCGAUGAGAAGUGCAUGCAGGAUGUUAGUGUCGAGCUCAUCGGGCUCAUUCGAGCUCACGGGCUUGCACCCACUUUGCUCAUCCAGAAUCGCAUCAUCUGCGCUUGGAGGAGCAAGCUUCCCGAGCAUGUUGUUCAACUUUUUAUGACACUGAGGGAAGAGGGCGUCAGCCUUAGCCCGACUGUGUACCGUUGCCUUAUGUCUGCCUACGAGCGGGCCCAGCCACAGCUCACGCUGGAGAUGUGCGACGAGAUGAUGAGUCGAGGCCUCAAGGUCGACAGGGCGGCUUUCAAUGCUGCGUUGUGCGCCUGCUCGCAGCUCGGCAAGCUCAGUCAUGCCGUGGAGCUGUUUAACAUGUUGCCUCAUCAUGGGCUAGCCCCCAGUGGCAAGACCUAUGGUAUCAUGAUCAGGCUGUACACUGCCGCAGACAUGGCCAAGGAGGCCUUGACCCUCUUCGAAUCGAUGCGUGCGGCGAAACUCGAACCCAAUUGCUAUGCCUUCGACGACGCCAUCCACUGCUACGUCAAGGUCCAGAUGCUUGCGAAGGCCAUUUCCGUGUAUCAGGAGAUGGUGCGGGCCAACAUACGCCCCUGCGAACGCACCAGCUUGUUCCUAAGCACGGCGUGCCAGAAGCAGGGCUGGUCCAAGGCCAGGAUCGUGGGCCAGGUGCUCCAGGCGGGCCGCGCCAUCGGCGAGGCCUCUUUCAAAAGCUCUCGUGCCUUUGCGCCGGUCGUGGGCGAUGACGCGGACGGCGAGCGCGGUUGA